AUGGAAUCAGAAACGGUUUCCCUGACAGAGAUCAGUUCAACUUCUGGUGGUCAGGGAGCUAAUCUAUACCUAGAGACUAGGUUGAAGAACGAAGGAAAAGAAGGCUUCAUACUCACAAUCCUGGAUGGGGAAAUUGUUUGGGAGGGAACAAUUUCAGAAGAUGACUUAGAUGAACUGUGUGCAAAGGUAAGAAUGGAUUUUGAUACAUAUGUCAAAGAGACAAAGGCAGCCUUCACGCAAGAGAAUGUGUCUAAGCAGAGCUUUGAGUGUCACUUUAAGUCUACGGCAAUGUCAGCUCAGCUUUCAUGGAAGAAAAUUCUGGCUGUGGAUGUCAAGUUCCAUCUCGGUUCAGUGACCUUGAAGAAAUGCCCGACUUCUGCAGUAACAGUUUGCCAAAUCCUCAGUCAAUGCAUUGCUCGGAGCCAGGCCCUACAGGCUAAGGUGCAAUCUCUGGAGUCGGACAAUGAGAGACUUUCCAUUGAACGCCAGAACGCUCUCAAGAGGCUGGAUAAAUGUGUCACUGCUAAAGAUCAGCUGGAGAAGGACUUGUAUUCUAAGUUUGUCUUGGUAUUGAACAGCAAGAAACAGCGAAUUAGGGAACUGAAGGAACAGCUGCAGUCAGUGGAGACUGGCCAGGGACCACAAGCCUCCCAAGCUGUUCAAGAAAAUAGCCAACCUGCAACUAGAAAGACAGCAAGAGGUAGAAAUGGAGAAACAUCCAGACAGACAAGUGACUCCCAGUCCGAUGGUAAUGAUGUGGAUACAGAAGAAGAGGUAGGGUCUUCUAAAAAAUCAAAGAUGGCAGCUUCAUCAAAGAAUAACACAGUGGGAGAAUCGUUUCUGAAUCUGAAUGAGGACGAAGAGGAAUCCAAGUUAGCUCCAGUUGCCCGAAGACCUCAGAGACAAAAAGCAACAAAGAAACAAACCCCAGUCAAGCCAACACUUCCUCGGCUGUCCUCAGGAGAUGCACAAGAGAGACCCAGCAGUGCAGCAAAGAGAUCCAGUACCAGGAGAAGUGCCUCACAGGGAUCCCAUCAAUUGCCAGACAUCCUGGAUCCUGAUGAUCUUAUCAACAACUUUUGA